UCAGAGACUUUGUCCAGGAGAAAAUUUGUCCAAUUCGCCGCUAUUCAUCUGCUCGCGCACAUGUGGAUUACUGUAAGGAGCCAAAGGACACGCGACCUGUGAUUUGAACUUCCUCAGGAAGUGGAUUUGUGUGAAGACCUCCUCUCGUAAAGAAACCAGAGGCUCUCCAGCACUCCUGCCCACUCCACUCCACCAGCUCUGCGACUGGACAGCACUGCCCUGGUCUGAGCCACCCACUGCCCUGGUCUGAGCCACCCGCUGCCCUAGACACUCUUCCUGAGGACCUUGCUCUCUCCCCUUGCACCUGGAGCCAAGAUGGACGCCCUGUGUGCACUCCUGCCUGCGCUGCUCCUGUGGGCUGCCAUGGUAACCGCAGAUCCCAGUUCGGCGUGUAGCCUCUUUGACCUCCCAGGGGACACGAGCAACUGGAUCAGUGUGGAGCGCAAGCCCCAGGGUUGCUCCAGCAGCUUCGUCCUCCACAACGGCACAGACGAGCUGGAGAUUCACAUGCUCCACCUGGAUUUCACCAAGCCAUCCCAGGAUGGCUAUUCCUUUUGUGAGGUGCACCUGCCGUCGGAAUCCAAACCCUCCAAGAUGAUCAUCAGCACCAGAGGCAAUGCAGGGCACACACUCUACCUGAAUGUCAAAGGGAACACCAGCAACAUCGUCUUCCAUGUCCCAGAGACGGUGACCAUUCAACCACCUGCAUUACAGUCGACAUCAGUACUAGAACACUUUCCCCUGGAAACAGAGGAGCUCUUGAAGUGGGCCAGUGAUAAGUUUGGUGGCGUAACAUCCUUUACAGAAGUGCAGAACCCAACAACAUUCAGUUUCACCCAAAGUCCUGCCUCAGGUCCAAACUGCACCUUGAGCCCCAUUGAGAACAUUCCCAUGGAGGUGGUCAAGUCAUCAAGCCAAGAUCACGUGAUCAACUCAUCAUCUGUGAAGUCCUGCUACCUUCCAGCCAGCCAUCAGAAGCAGCUGCACAUCAUCAAUAUCCCCGAAGACACUGGCAUCCGUCAUGUGUUUGUGGAUGCCGUCUCCAAAGAUGCCAAGUUGUUCAUGAGAGGCGCCAAAGACACUGUGUGGGAGGUAUCGGGGGCAAACCAAUUUGCGACAAAUGGCCUGAUAAAGCUACAUCUUGGACCGCCGAUGGCGCUCCCCAGCAGGGGGAUGACCUUCCCGGCCAGUGCCCCAGAGCUUCAGCGGGAGGCCAUGGUCCACUUCAGCACGGACUCCUUCACCAGCUACUCUGAGAUCCGCACCAGAGCCCCCGCUAUCCACGUUGUCCUCGGCGUACAAGAAGAAGACUGGACAGAUACACUGCUGUAG